AAGUGUGUGUGUGUGUGUGUGUGUGUGUCAGUGACACAUAAAGCACAGAGCGGACCUCCUCGUCAGAGCACAGCUUCUUCACUUGUAAAGCAGACCGGUUUCCCCUGGAGGAUUGAUCCCCGAUAUGAGGCUCCAUUCCUGGACUGGAGCUUGGUGUCUCCUGCCUGUUCUGGUUCUGCUGACUGUCCCUCAUGUCAAAGCAGCCCAGCAGCAGCCCAAGGAGAGACACUAUUACAUCGCUGCUGUGGAGAUAGACUGGGACUACUCUGGCAAUGACCCUCACAGGUUGGGUCCCACCUAUAAGAAAGUGGUCUUUCGGGAGUAUGACAAAGACUUCCGGCAGGCUAAGACUCAUCCCUCCUGGUUAGGUCUACUGGGACCCACACUGAGGGCGGUGGAGGGCGAGACCAUUGUCGUCACUUUCAGGAACAUGGCCACCGGACCGCACAGCAUCCACCCGCACGGGGUCGCCUACGGGAAGCAGUCGGAGGGGGCCAACUACUUUGACAACACAUCGCAGAAAGAGAAAGAGGAUGACGUGGUGCAGCCGAACGGCCAGCACGUUUACCACUGGGAGGUCACGUCGGAUGUGUCUCCACAGCCAGACGACCCCACCUGUCUCACCUACACCUACGUCUCCCACAUAAAUGUUGUCGAGGACUACAACGCGGGCCUCAUUGGUACUUUGCUCGUCUGCAAGCCCGGCAGUCUGGAUGAGUUGGGCCAGCAGGUCGGCGUCCAUCACGAGUACGUGUUCCUCUUUGGGGUUUUCGAUGAGGCGGAGAGCACGUACAGACCACGCAGGGAGGCCGACCACGUGAAAUACACCAUCAACGGCUACGCAAUGGGAUCGCUACCUGAUGUCAGUGUGUGUGCCUACGCCUCGGUGAGCCUGCAUCUGCUGGGUAUGAGCUCGGAGCCUGAGAUAUUCUCGGUGCACAUGAACGGCCAAGUGCUGCAGCAGAACCAGCACAAAGUGUCGUCGGUGGGCCUCAUCAGCGGCUCCACCGCCACCGCCAGCAUGGUGGCGCUCCACACGGGCCGCUGGCUGCUCUCCUCGCACACCAUCGGACACGUGGAGGCUGGCAUGUACGGGUUCGUGGAUGUGAAAAGGUGCGACGGCUUCAGAGCACCGCAGCGAAGGAUGACUGUGGAACAAAAACGACACAGCAGGGUGUGGACGUACUACAUAGCCGCUGAGGAGAUUAUCUGGGACUACGCACCUGAAAUGCCAGGACACAUUGACGGGGACUUCAAGUUCCAGUAUCUGAGGCAGUCGUCAAUGCGCAUAGGUGGGAAGUACAAGAAGGCGGUGUACACGCUUUACACAAACGCAUCGUUCACUGAGACGUUGGAGCCCAAGCAAAAGAAAAGGGAGCUUGGGAUCUUGGGCCCAGUGAUCAGAGCGCAAAUCAGAGAUGUCAUCAAGAUUGUUUUUAAGAACUUGGCCUCCAGGCCUUACAGUAUCUACCCACACGGGCUGACGUUAGAGAAGCCAGAAGAAGGAGUCAACUACCCAGCAGGAGGCAACCACUCUCAUGGCGUCCAGCCAGGUGAGACCCACACCUACAUAUGGAAAGUGGUCGACGAGGACGAGCCUUUCGAAGGGGACCCUCGCUGCCUGACCCGACUGUACCACAGUGCGGUGAACACACCGCGCGACAUCGCCUCAGGACUGAUAGGACAAAUCCUCAUCUGCAAGAGUCAGUCCCUCAACAUCAGGGGUGUGCAGCUGAAAGCAGACAAGGAGCAGCACGCUAUGUUCGCCGUGUUCGAUGAGAACAAGAGCUGGUACCUGGAGGACAACAUCCAACAAUUUUCCGAUAGAUCCAAAGUCAACAAGGCGGACCCAGACUUUUAUAAGUCAAAUGUCAUGCACACUAUCAACGGUUAUGUGUAUGAGAGCGGCCCGCUCUUGGGUUUCUGCAACGGUGAGAUUGUAACGUGGCACGUGUCCAGCAUCGGAGCGCAGGACUACGUCCAAACGGUUACUUUCUACGGCCAUACAUUUGAGCUGAAUGGGCGGACAGAGGACUUCCUCAGCCUCUACCCGAUGACUGGAGAGACCAUCACUAUGAACAUGGACAACAUUGGUGUCUGGCUCAUGGCUUCCCUGAAUUCCCAUGAGACAACCAAAGGAGUGCGUGUGAAGUUUCAGGAUGUUGAGUGCUAUCGUGACCACCAGUACGAGUACAGUGACUAUGACGAUCCAUCAUCCCUCAAAGAAUUCACUGAGUGGAACCCUCUGAGCUUGGCUGAAGUUAUGAAGGAGGAAGAGAAGGCAACACCUGAAAAAAAGAUACCAACGGAGAUUGACAUGUACACGGACAUGUUUGCGGAUGAAUUAGGUCUCAGGUCUCGGAGGAACCAAUCUCGUGGAUCAGAGGUGGAGCAUCUGGACCUCUCUUUUCUCGACUAUGACUACGACGCUGACGAUACGAAUAUCACCCUUAAUUUAAAUAAGACAAUGAAGAAAAGUCAGGCCUAUAUACCAAAGCCAAAUGCACUAAAUGAGACAUUAUUUUCAAAUGGGACAGAGGUGGACGGACGAAACCUUACUGCAGUUAAUUUGCUGAACCAAAGCAUAAGUGAAAACACAACACACGUGCAGAACAAUAGCACACCGUCAACAUUUGGCAAUUCUACCGUGAAUAAAACAGAGAACACAACAGUUUUUUACAGCCCAAAUAAAUUACCGAAUAAUGACAGCAUAACUGUAAACAGCAGUGUGUCUGUAAUCUCAAAUCCUGAUGAUGCCACAGUGUCUGACACAAAGAACAUAGCAGCUCACGAUGCUACCGUGUCAUCGAUGGUUGAGAAUGUAUCAACGGAGAAUACCGAUCGCACUGUAACAUUACAAGGAACUGGCAAUCGUACGGAAACUUCAAGAGGAAAUUCAAGUUCCAUCAUGGAGGCUGAGGGAAUGAAUGUGACCCUGACUGGUGAGAACCAGACUUCUGUUAUAGGCACGACAUUGGCGGAGGCCUCAGAGGAGAGGCUCACCAGAGGGGACGUGUUCUUCUAUCCGCCAUCCAAUACCAACACCAACAAUCUCCACAGUCCACCAGAGGGCGACGCCGCAUCUCUUUCACACAGUGCCAAAGAGAUGGAUGAGAAUAGCACAGCGUCUCGCCGUGUUAUCGAGUCGGCAAAUGAAAUAAACCGUUCGUCUUCUAUUCCGCCGGCUGACGUUGGACGGGUCAACAUCAGCAGCAUAGACAGAAGCUCCCUGACAAUCUCAGAGGUGGAAGUGGAGAGCACAGGCAACGAAACCCGGGACAAUGACUCCCUGGUCGCCGCAGCAGAGCCGGAGUAUUUGAGUUCAUUGGAAGUUCAAAUGAAUUCAUCUGAUAUUGUGGCUUCUUCAGACUAUUCCAGCCUUGAAAAUGUGACACGCGCUCUGCUUGAAAGCGGGUCCUCGGCGAACGUCACAGCUAAUGUAUCCAGAUCAAAUUCAUCAGAGAGUCGGGAGAAUAUCACAGCUCUUCUUGGGGAGUUGAACCGCACAUCCUCUGCAGAAAGUUCCUCCAAUGAGACAAACCCGUCCCUCUCUAGCGAUGCAGGAGGAAAGAGCGAUUCUUACAUUGUGGCUUUUCCGGAUAAUUCCAGCCUUGAAAAUGUGACACACGCUCUGCUGGAAAGCGAGCCCUCUGGGAAUAGCACAGCGAAUGUAUCCAGAUCAAAUUCAUCGGCGGAGAUUAGGACAGAGAGUCGGGAGAAUAUCACAGCUCUUCUUGGGGAGUUGAACCGCACAUCCUCUGCAGAGAGUUACUCCAAUGAGACUAAUCUGUCCCUCUCCGGCGAUGCAGGAGGAAAGAGCGAUUCUUACAUUGUGGCUUUUCCAGAUAAUUCCAGCCUUGAAAAUGUGACACACACUCUGCUGGAAAGCGAGCCCUCUGGGAAUAUCACAGCGAAUGUAUCCAGAUCAAAUUCAUCGGCGGAGAUUAGGACAGGGAGUCGGGAGAAUAUCACAGCUCUUCUUGGGGAGUUGAACCGCACAUCCUCUGCAGAGAGUUCCUCCUAUGAGACUAACCUGUCCCUCUCUAGUGAUGCAGGAGGAAAGAGCAAUUCUUACAUUGUGGCUUUUCCAGAUAAUUCCAGCCUUGAAAAUGUGACACACACUCUGCUGGAAAGCGAGCCCUCUGGGAAUAUCACAGCGAAUGUUUCCAGAUCAAAUUCAUCGGCGGAGAUUAGGACAGGGAGUCGGGAGAAUAUCACAGCUCUUCUUGGGGAGUUGAACCGCACAUCCUCUGCAGAGAGUUCCUCCAAUGAGACUAAUCUGUCCCUCUCUAGCGAUACAGGAGGAAAGAGCGAUUCUUAUAUUGUGGCUUUUCCAGAUAAUUCCAGCCUUGAAAAUGUGACACACGCUCUGCUGGAAAGCGAGCCCUCUGGGAAUGUCACAGGAAAUGAGACUAACCCGUCCCUCUCCGGUGAUGCGGGAGGAAAGAGCGAUUCUGUGGAGCUAAGUGCCUCAGACGGUCGUGAAGAAGUGCUCAUCUACCUUUCGGAAAACAAAACACAGGUUAUUAAAACCACCGUCAUCAAAACACAGGGGCACAACUGGACUUAUGAUGGAACUCACCAAAUGGAAAUCGAGGACAUUUCCAACGACAUGAUGAAAUAUUUGGAGCGAGAAACCCCUCAAACAACGCCAACUCCGAAAAAGAAGACCAGGAAGGUGAACCGCCGACAGUGGCCCGACAAGGGCCACGGCAUGAAAACAAAGAGGAGGAAGGAAUACAAGCCUCUGUCCAGGAGUGGCUCGCCGUUGUCUCCUCGUGGAUUCAACCCAGGCAUGACCCCGCGUGGGUCACGACCUUUAUCACCACGGUCUGUCUCUGACGAGGCGGAGCUCAACAACAGGCCCGUCGUCAUCGGUGUACCGCGCUCCGAAUUCAGUGACUACGAGCUGUACAUUCCUGGGGACGAACCGAGUUAUCUAGAAAAUAUUAAAGCAGAUGAAUACGAGUAUGUGACCUACAAGGACCCCUACAGCAGUCAUGACGAUCUCAAGUAUAUAAACCUGGACGAUGCCACCAAAUACUACUUAAAACUCUCAGGCCCGAAUGUCAAGACGUAUUUCAUCACUGCAGAGGAGGUUGAGUGGGACUACAGUGGCUACGGACAGAGGAGGCCAGACAAGUGGCAACAACACAGCAGAGAAACGAAGUUCACCAAGGCGGUUUUCCGAGGUUACAUGGACAGCAGCUUCAGCACACCUGACAUCCGCGGGGAGCUGGAUGAGCAUCUCGGCAUCCUGGGACCUGUCAUCAAGGCGGAAGUUGGACAAAGCAUCAUGGUGGUGUUUAGGAACCUAGCCAAACGUCCGUACUCCUUACACCCAAAAGGGGUUUCCUAUGCCAAGCAGACAGAGGGUCUGUCCUAUGAGGACGGCUCUCAGUACUGGUUUAAAUAUGACAAUGAGGUUCAACCCAAUACCACCUUCACAUAUUUAUGGAAGGUUCCUUCCAUGGUCGGGCCCCUGCCAGAUGAGUCCCACUGUCGGACUUGGGCCUACUAUUCUGGUGUCAAUCCUGAAAGGGAUAUCCACUCUGGCUUAAUUGGGCCUUUGUUGGUGUGUCGAGAGGGCACUCUGGACAGGAAGGAACCGAUCAUGAGGGAGUUCACGAUGCUUUUCAUGACCUUCGAUGAGUCGAAGAGCUGGUACUACCAGAAGAACCACGAGUUAAUGCAAAGGAAAAGCCGAAGAAGAGUUAUGGACCACAACUUGAAGGAGAACCUCAAAUUCCACUCCGUCAAUGGCAUCAUAUUCAGCCUAAAGGGCCUGAGGAUGUACACCAAGCAACUGGUCUGCUGGUACCUGAUCAACAUGGGCUCUCCCAAAGACUUUCAGAGCAUUCACUUCCACGGACAGACGUUCAUCCACAAGAAGAUCACCAGCUACAGGCAGGCCGUCUACCCUCUGCUGCCUGGGAGCUUUGCUACUCUGGAGAUGUACCCAUCCAAACCUGGCCUGUGGCAGCUGGAGACAGAAGUUGGAUUCAACCAACAGCAGGGCAUGCAGACCCUCUUUCUGGUGCUAGAUAACGACUGCUUCCGCCCGCUGGGUUUAGAAUCAGGCAGUGUGAAAGACAACCAGAUCACAGCAAUCAACACGAGAGGAUACUGGAAGCCCCAUCUCGCCAGAUUGAACAAUAACGGUAAAUAUAACGCAUGGAGCACCGAGCAGUACGAGAGCUGGAUUCAGGUGGACUUCCAGAGGCCGGUUGUGCUCAGCCAGGUGGCCACGCAGGGAGCCAAGGAGCUAUUACAUUCCCAGUUUGUGGACAAGUACUAUAUCUCCUACAGCACCGACCGCCGGAAGUGGACCUUCUAUAAGGGCGACAGCAGGGACUUCAGGAAGGAAUUCACUGGCAACCAGAACGCCUACGAUGAGAUUAGAAACACCUUCUUUCCUCCGGUGGUUGGCCGGUUCAUUCGGCUACACCCAAUCAGCUGGUACGGCAGGGCCACAGUCCGCAUGGAGUUCUACGGCUGUGAGCUUGACGGCUGCUCGGUGCCUCUUGGGAUGGAGAGCAGACUGAUAGAAGACCAUCACAUCCAAGCCAGCUCCUCAGCCAGCAACUGGUACUUUGGACCCUGGAAACCUUCUCUUGCACGCCUCAACCAACAGGGCACCAUCAACGCAUGGCAGGCCAAGUAUAGUGACAUGAGGCAGUGGCUCCAGGUGGAGCUGCCCCAAGUUAAGAAGAUCACAGGCAUCAUAACACAAGGAGCCAAGUCCAUGGGGAAAGAGCAGUAUGUCAUGUCUUACUUUCUGGAGCACAGCAACAACGGGAUACACUGGAGCCGGUACACCGACGACGAGAACAUCCCUUACAAGACUUUCCCGGGAAACACAAAUAACAACGACCACGUGAAGAACUACAUCUACCCUCCCAUUUUCUCUCGCUUCAUCCGGAUCGUCCCGAGUAGCUGGUGGAACUCCAUCACGAUGAGAGUAGAGCUGCUGGGCUGUGAAUUUGAGUGACACACACACACACACACACACACACACACACACAUAUACAGAUACAUGGACACCAUGCACAUGUGCAUGUAAGUAAACACACAAACAUGUAGUGUACGCCCAGACAUAUGCACAUCCACUCCCACACACAGGGUCAUGUACGGAGGACAAAGCACAUAUUAUGUAUGUAAACACAAACUUACAUCUAUUCCAUAUAUUACAAGUUUUACAUCUAUUACAUCUUUUGCUCAAAACUCCUACGAUGUGUUUUAUUAAAGCCAAUAUCUGCCCAGUUAAAAUGACUCAUACGACUCAUUAGUAAGGGAAGUCCGUAUGAGUAAUCUUAACACUUUUGUCAAUAGUUGGCAUGUUGUCCAUCACAAAUGACUGAAAAUGAAUGUAAAUAUGUAAGUAGAGAUCAUGUAAUUUAUUUUGUAAUAAAUAUGAUUACCGUU